AUUAUUAUAUAUUUUUUGGAUUUAAAUCACAGCAGGUUGCCCCGACUUCCACAUUACCGCCGCUCACUCGCAGUUCAAGUCCAAGGCAAAGAAGAGGGAAGAAGGAAGAAGGAAGAAAGAAAAAGAAAAAGAGAGAAAAAUGGUGGCGACGAAUUUGAAAGCGAAGACAAUGGAUCUGAUGGAGAAGAGGACAGCCAUGGAAGCUGAGAUGAACUCCAUCAUCGACCGCCUUUGCCAGCCCGGUGGCCCUGGUCUCUCUGGCAAUCUCCUUGACUCCGAGGGCUUUCCUCGCUCAGAUAUUGAAAUCGCAGUCGUGCGAGAACAACGCCAUCGUCUUACUGAAUUGCGAAAUGAUCACAGUGCAAUUACAGAAAAAAUAAAUGAAAAUAUUCAAGUUCUGCAUUCUGCAAGGCUUGCUCCAAGAUCUUCGUUCGUCAAAGAAUCAGGUCUUGGUGAGGGGUCUGAUAAUCAAACCUCAUUGGCUCUUGACGAUGUUGCAUCUGCAUCCUCAAACAAUGUGACCAGAGAUUCGAUUAGUCAAACUUCAUCGGCCAUGGAUAUUGAUGUUAUUGUGAACAUACCAUUUGCAAUGGUCGAUGAAAUAGCAGAUGCAUCACCAGCAGCGGAAGAUGGUUUACAGCUUGGAGAUCAAAUUGUAAAGUUUGGAAAUGUGGAAGCUGGUGAUAAUUUGUUGCAGAGACUCGCUUUGGAAGCCCAGACCAAUCAGGGUUCUGAAAUACCUGUUGCAGUUAUGAGGCAAGGUGCUUUUGUCAACAUAAAGGUGACACCUAGAACUUGGCAAGGCAGAGGUCUACUUGGAUGCCAUUUCCGGAUCCUGUAACUUGUUAUCUUUACAAGUGUGCUGGAAGCUGAAGGAUGCAGUUUAGUCGUUUUUGUCUUUUACCAAAUUGCAAGAUAGUGCUUAAAUACUCAGUAUAGGAGUUGUAUGCAUUUCAAUUAUCCUUACAAAUUUUGCACAUGCACUCUUUCUUCCUAUGUACUAGUGAACCUCUCCGUGGUCCUUUGUCUCCUAUAUGGCUCUAAUUAAGUUUCUGUUGUGUGCUUCUGAUGUACAAGUGAAUAUCUGUGCAGUGUUGUAAUUGGCUCUUGUUAAGUUUGUUCUC